AAUGUAUUAGUGCUUUUGUGUGUGUAUAGAAAUUUAUAUUUUUAAAAUGAUUCUUAUUGUUACGGUGUAUAGUGCCCAAUAGUGCCUAUUGAAUUAUAAUCUUGAGAAUAUAUUCCACUAUUUCUUUAUAUAUUCACAAGAAAUUAGAACAUUUGCAUAAAGUUUAAGAAAAUUUAAUAUUUCUAUUUGUAUAUAAUAGACUUGUAUUAAUUGAAAUGGCGAUCGUCGUGUUGAAUUUUUAACGGUAAAAAAAAAUAUGUCGUGUAGUGUAUAUUUAUAACCUACUGACAGUUACAAAGACAAAUAUGUCAGAGUUGAAAAUGGAUUCUGGAGCAUUGGAGGAAGCUGCAGAGAAUUGUGAAUCUAUCGAUGAAAAUGAAAUUAUUGACGUUGAUUCCAUGGAUCUUGAGGACAGUGAUCGUUGGUUGUGUGAUUAUAAUCAAUGUUCCUCGGAGUCGAGAGUUCAUGAUUUGUACGCAUGGCUCAAAUCGGAUCCAUCUGAACCUCAAGCACAUGCAAAUGCUCUGAAGAAAUCCAUUGACACAAGAACAUUCACUAGAGUGAAAAGACGAUCCAAUAAAAUGAAUUUCGAUGCAAUAAUGGAAUCGUUAGCAACUCCACCACCGCAUUUAAUUGAAAAGCCCAAAGUUCCCGGUCAAUUUCGAAUGGAAGAAGCGACACCGCAACGAACAUUAGAAAUACCAUCAAUGUUAAGACCAAAAAAUUCAUUUAUAACAAAUUCCCAAUCAAGUUCAAUGAAUCAAGAGAGUCUUGAAAUAUUUUUAAAUCUCUCACAAUCAAAUUCAGAAUUCUCUGAAAUAAUGAAUGAAUCACAACCAUCGCUAUUGUAUUCAUCAAUUAUAUCAAAUAAUGCCGAUGAAACAUUAAAAAGAAAUGAAUCACUUUGCGAUAUGGAUUCGGGUAUUUUAUCUGAAUCAAUGAUGCAAGCGAGUAUAUUUCAAGAAUCAUUGAAUAUCAAUAGUUUUACGGAAAAAAAUUAUGAAUCUGAUGAUAAUAAUAUAACCCGUACAUUUCAACAUAAUAAUACAUUUUUAGCAAAUCCUAUAAAUGAAACAAAACAUUGUCUAAGUCCAGUGAUUGAGAUGAAAAAUAAUUGUCAAAGUCCAAAUCUUGAUGAGACAAAAAUUUGCACAAGUCCAUUUAAUCAAACUUUAACUUGUGUUAAUUCAUUGGAUAUGGAGAAAAUUUCACCUAAAUUUAAUGAGACAAAAGAGAUUUGUGAAAUUUCAUUUAAUCGAACAAAAGAGAGUAUUAGUCCUAUUAUUUUGAAAAAAUUUGAUAAUAGUCCAAUGGAAAGAACAUAUGUUAAUGAGGCAAAUUCUCCGUCUGCAAUGAGUUUUUCAGAAAAGGCAAGUUCCACUCAUGACGAAUAUUCUCCAAUAUUCAUGUCAAAACACGUUUUCGAUACUUCAACGCCUGACGAUGGAAAAUUGUCAUUAUUUGAAAAAUUCGAUAAUUUAAAUGCAACAAAAAUAAAUGAAAAUUCCAUGGAAAAUGCGUUAAUCGACGCAGACAUGACAUUCAAUGUAAAACGUCUUUCUUGUCAUAAAUUCCUUGAAAAUUCCAAUAAUUCACAUUUAAAUCAAAAUCGAAAUAUCAAUAAUAAUAAUAAUAGUAGUAGUAGUAGUAAUAGUUCAAAAAUUGUCAGUGCCUCGAGUCUUCGACAAGAAUUAUUAGAGGAAGUUGAAAGAAGUUGUAAAAAUUCAGCCACAAAUCAUGAGAAGGAUUUAAAGAGAGAAUUUAAUAUGACAUAUGAAAAUUCAAUGGAAACAAUGUCAAUGGCAGCGCCCUUUGAUUAUUAUAAAACAUAUAAGAAGGAGAGUUUAAAAAAAUUGAGUGAUAUACGCGAAACAAUUCCAAAUGAUAUGAUUGGUAGGUUUCAAACGUUUCGUAAGAAAAAUAUUGAUAAAAAUGAGACAUUUAGAAAAUCAGAGGACAAUGUUAAUGCGACAUUUUCGAAAAAUGAUGAUGGAACAAAUUUUGAUUGUACAUAUUCGUCAAAUGAAAUGUUGGCGAAUGCAACAUUUUCGAAAAAUGAACAAAUUCCAGAGCAAAUUGUUAAUUCAACAUUUUGUAAACCUUUGAAGAAAACGGAAAUUCCCAAUGAGGAAGAGCAGCAAAAUUCGACAUUUGUAAAACCGAAAAUUCGCAAAUUGCCAGCGCCAAAAAGUUUCUCGAAAUUGCCACAAUUUUUGCAAAAAUCCAAUCCAAACAUUCCAACGUCAAAUGCAUUGAGAACAAUAAAGCCACCGAGUAGUUUUGCCUAUCCAAAAGGAUCGCAGCCAAAUAUACCGAGGAAUUUGGGUUUAUAUGCACUUGGUAAAUAUAAAAGUGAAACUGAUCAGCGACUCGUUGGUGUGAUGAGAGGUUCAACGGAACAAAUUGGUAACGCCGGUGGUUCAACGGAAAGUAUUGAGAGUACACAAAGCGCUCCCGAUUUAGAUGAUCGAUUAAGCGUUUGUUCGGAUAGUAGUCGAAGUUCGUAUACAAUUUCAACAAAUACAAGGACAAUUGUUCGACAAUCGAAUAUUACCAAUUCAAGGCUUAUGCAGAAAUUAAUACCACAUGGUCACAAGCCUGAAUCGACGCCAAAACCAAAUAGGCAAAUUCUUGAAAAUACAUGGAUGCAGUCAGAGAAAGAUUUACCAUCGCCAAUAUUAAAAAAUAAUAUCGAAGGUCUACAAAGUGGUCUUUUAUCACCUAAUGAUAUCAAAUCAAGUUCUCCACUUUUGAGUCCCAGUAGUUCUAGUGAAAAUAUUAAUUCUCUUGAUAUUGUUAAAAACAAUGUUCGUGAGAUAAAGCCGUCAAAAAGUAAUGAGAAAUUAACAUUAAAGCCGCCAAACAUUUCGUCGAAUCGAGCGAAAAGUCCCGUCGAUACAAAGCCAAAAUUAAGGCCCCCGACAAAUUACAAUGCAACAAGACCAACGAGCAUUGCCAGUGGAAUUCCAAGACCAACAUCACGAAUUCCAGCACCAAAAUUUACUCGACCACUUUCUCGAAUUCCAGAUCCAAAGAAAGGCUGAUAAAAAAAAAAAUGCUCAGAAUUUACUCUUUUUUUUUUAUUGUGUCUCUCUUCUAAUUAAGGGCGUAUUCCAAAAAAAAAAGUAUAUAUAUUUUUCUACGAUUUUUCAUUAAAAAAGAUAACAUUUCGGCAAAUAGAAAAUUUUCUCCUGAAUAUCGUAGAUAAUUUUUUUUUUUUUUUAAAUUCAAAGCUCAAAUCUUUCUACGAUUUUUGAUUACAAAAAAAAUUUGACAAAUAGAAAAUUUUCUCCUGAAUAUCGUAGUUUUUUUUUUUUUUUUUUUUUUUUUUUUUGGUAAAUUCAAAGCUCAAAUUUUACUACGAUUUUUCCUAAAAAUAUUUCGGCAAAUGGAAACAUUUUUUUUUCUAAAUAUCUUUUAAGAAUCGUGGAUAAUUUUUUUUUUUUUUUUUUAAUUCAAAGCCCAUUUUCGGAAAAUUAUUUUCGACUUUUCGAAAGUUGAAAUGAUAUAUUUUUAGGAUUUUAUUAUUAUUUUUUUUUUUAUAUAUAGAGAAUGGUUGUGAUUUUGAUAUGAAAUUUAUAUAUUCAAUUUUUUUUUUUAUUAUUACUAAUCAGUUUAAUUAAUUUAUUUGCAGGGAAAAAAAUUUUUUCUCACGAUUAAUUUGAGGAGCGCAUUUUUUCAAAAUCUAAUAAAUUUAUUUUAAAAAAAGUUUUUUCCCAAACAUAGCAUGUAUAAUUUAUUAUAUUAUUGAUAAAAAAAGAUUGUGUUUAAAAAAAAGUUUUCCUAAACGAAUUUAUCAGAUUUUUAAAAAUUUCUCCUCAAUUAUUAUUAUUAAUUUCGUGAGAUUAAAAAUUGAAUUUCAUGAAAUUAUUUCAAUUUUUCGAAAUGAAUUUAUUUUUAGUCUCGAAUUGAUAAUAAUGAUAAUGAUAAUUUAAAUAAAUAAUAAUAAUAAUAAUUUAAAUAAUUUAUUCUGGAAGAGUAUAUAAUGAUAAUAAUUUACUUUCAAUAUUUUGGAAUCUAACAAAAAAUAUUUCUUAUAAAAAUUAAUUUCUUUUAAUUUUCGAAUUUUCUUAAAAAAAAGAUUUUUCGUGAGACGUAUUUUUUUUUCUUGCAAAUAAAUUAAACGUCGGUGAAGAUCACAAUGUUUAUGAUCAAUGAUUGAAAGUACAAAAAUAUUUUUUCGGAAAAAAAUAACAAAAAUUUUUUGCCUAGAAAUUUUUUUUUUUCCAAAACAAAAAAUUAUAAUUUGCAUAGAAAAAUAUAUAUUUUUUUUUAGUACAAAUAAAGAAUUAAAAAACUAAUAAAUAAAUAAUUAAAUAAUAAUAAAUAAAUUUUUAAAUAGUAAUAAAUAAAUAAUUAUUAAAUAAUAAUAAAUAAAUAAAUAAAAUUAGUUAAUGAUCAUAAAAAUUGUGAACUUCACAAAAAAUGUAUAAAUUCAAUGAAUUUCUGAAUUUCUAAAUAAAGUGUUAGUCAAGUUUAUGUGUAAAAAAAAAGAAGAAGAAAAGGAAAAAAUCAUUGCCAAGUGAUUGGCUUUAUAUGUGUAAAAAAAAUGUCUGAAUAAUAUUUUAAUAGAUUUUUAAAUAUUUUUUUUUUUUUUUUAAUAGAAAAAAAAGAGAAAGACUGCGAAAAAAAUAAUUCGGCGCUUCGGAAAUUCAGCUCCAACGUAAUUUUUAUUUAAUUGUUUUUUUUUUUUACUUUUUCUAUAAAUAUAUAUUAAUUUGAAAAUAUUUAUCAGGAGUUGAAUAAUAUUAGGAACAAUUUUAGUCAUUGGUUCCGUGAAAAAAAAAAAAAAAUUUGAAAUGAAGCGCCUUAGGUGUGUUGUUAAAUAUAUAUAUAUUUUUUUUUAAUUUCAUUAAUUUAUGUUUAAUAUUUAUUAACUUCUUUAUUAUAUUUUUGACCAAAUAAUUAACAAAGCUUAAUGAAAAUAUAUAUUUUAUUCAUUAAGGCGAUAUUGUUUUAAUCCAAAAACAAAAAUAUUUCUAAUGACACUUGGUAAAAAGAAAAAAAAAAAAAAAAAAUACGUCAGACUAUCACUGGCUGUGUUAAAUAAUUCAUAUCAUGUAACUUGUCUUAAAUAUGUGAAAAUUGAUAAUGAAAAAAAAAAAAAAAAAAAUUAAUCACCAGUACAAUUUUCACUGCUCCAGUGUUUUACCUCAAAAAUAUAAGGUGUUAUUAAUAAUAAAAAAAAAGGAAAUUAACAUUUUUUAGGUUUAGUAAAUUUUUCUCUUUUUUUUUUAAUUCGAAACUGUAAUAAACAUUGAAUUAAAUAGUUAAUUUAUAAUUAGAAAUAAUUAAUUUAAAUUAAUUAUUCGAUAUUUAAAUUAAAUUUUAUUAGAACUGAAAUAAUUUUUAUUAGAAUCAAGUAAUUUUUAUUAAAAUUGAUUAAUUUAUUAAUAAUAAAUCUAAUCAAUUGAUAAUUGAAAAUUAUUCAUGAUUUCUAUAUUUUUUUUCAGAAUUUUCAAAACAAGUUGGUUUUUUUUUCUUUUUAAUAAAAAGAAAAGAAAAAUCAGUGCAAAAAUUCAAUAAAAAAAAAAAAAAAAACUGCCUUUCAUCGAUCGAGAGAAAUUUUUUUUCAAAACAAAAUUCUCUCAAUUGAUUUUAUAACUGUACAAAAAAAAAAGAAAAUUGUUUAUAUUUUGUAGUCGUGACACAUUUGUUGCGUGUUGAAAGUGCCUUGAAUGUAAAUAAAAUAAAUUUUUUUUUUUUGUUUUUUAUUUUCAAGAAAUGAAAAAACGGCUUCCAAUUAAAUAGAUUUUAAGAAUUUGUGCAUAAUAAUUGUCCAAGUGUUUGCUAUUGUAAAAAAAAACAAAAAAAAAAUAAACUGUCUUUUUUAAUUUCUA